AACAACACAAUGACGGUCGAAUUUAUUGAUUAUUUUUGGGGUGAUAAGAACAAUGGAUUCGACGUUCUUUAUCACAACAUGAAAUUCGGAUCAUUGGCUACUAAAGAACUUUUAGACUUCUUUCGUGAAAAAGCAAACAUUGAAGAACAAAACUCGAGGCUUAUGUCUAAGUUAGUUCAUAAAGCAAGUACCGGAACGUUAAAUAGUACCUUUGCGCCUAUAUGGACUAUAUUGCGUACAUCUGCAGAGAAAUUAACAGCAUUGCAUCUGCAGAUGGUACAAAAGAUAACUGAACUAAUUAAAGAUGUUACCAAGUAUGCAGAUGAACUGCAUAAAAAGCACAAGAAUGUUAAAGAAGAGGAGUCUCCGACGCUUGAAGCUGUACAAGCCAUGCAAACCUCUACAGCAGCAUUACAAAAAGCUAGAGAUUUAUAUAUGGCAAAAGUAGCAGAACUUGAAAAAUUGCGUAAAGAUAACGCGUCACAAAAAGAUAUUGAAAAACUAGAAACAAAAAUCAAGAAACUGCAGGAAGACUAUAAGACUUUGCUAGAUAAGCAUGGUCCUAUUAAAGCUGAAUUCGAGAGACGUAUGACGCAAGCGUGUAAACGAUUCCAAGAAAUUGAGGAAGGACAUUUACGUCAAAUGAGAGAAUUCCUAUCAACUUAUUUAGAAUUGCUACAGAAUAAUCACGACAUGGUUGGCCAGGUCCAUUCCGAUUUCAAACGUCAAUUUUUGGAUAUGACUGUUGAUAAAUUACUUGAACAGUUUGUGUUGAACAAAUACACUGGUCUAGAAAAACCAGGUUCGUAA